CCUCCUUCCUUCCCUCCCUCCUUCCCUCGCUGCCGCCGCCGGAGCGGAACCGAAAGCGAAGGCGGCGCCGGGCGGCCCCGCGGGCAGCGCAGCGCGGCGGCGGCUCCGGGGGCUGCGGGGGCCGGUCCCCUCCCGCCAGGUUCAGGAACCUAAUUUUUGCACAGAAGGCUGUAGGGAACCCAGGUUGAAGAAGAAAAAUUGCUGGCAAUGCCGGGCUGCGGGAGGAGACAGUGAGCUGGGGGGCUGAUCCUGCACCCUGCGCUUGGUGCGCGCUCCCGCCGCAGCGUGGCCGGGAUGAGGCCGUGGGUCACACCAUGCCAUCAUGCGUCCCCGGCAGCUCGCCCCCGCCACGGCCCCUCUGCGGUGACAGCGGCUGCGGCCACCGCGCACCCGGGCUGCUGCGGGACCCCCCUGCGCUGAGCGCCCCCUGCCCCGGCAUGGCCUCGCUCAUCGUGGUGACCGAGUACGAGGUGACGGGGAGCACGAGUGAGGAGGAGGAGAUGAACACACCCGUCGGCGAGGGUUUUGGGGACGGCCGGGAGCCGAGGGCGAAGCUGCAGCUCUCCGGGAGAAAGCUGUCCCUGCAGGAGCGGCCGCGGCCGGCCCGCUCGCCCGGGAACGGCGACGGCGCCAACGAACGCUUCAUCUACCCGUCCCUCCCUUACUCUCCGGUGACGUCCCCGCACUCCUCCCCACGGCUGCCACGGCGGCCGACGGUCGAGUCGAACCGCGUGUCCAUCACGGGACUCCAGGACUGUGUGCAGCUCAACCAGUACAAGCUGAAGGAUGAGAUCGGGAAGGGCUCCUACGGCGUGGUGAAGCUGGCCUACAAUGAGGACGAUAACACUUACUAUGCAAUGAAGGUUCUCUCCAAAAAGAAGCUGAUGAGACAAGCGGGUUUCCCCCGCCGCCCACCACCCCGCGGGGCCAAAGCCGCCUCCGAGGGCUGCCUGCAGCCCCGCGGGCCCAUCGAACAGGUCUACCAGGAGAUCGCCAUCCUCAAGAAGCUGGACCACCCCAACGUGGUGAAGCUGGUGGAGGUCCUGGAUGACCCCAGCGAGGAUCACCUGUACAUGGUGUUUGAACUGGUGAAGCAAGGCCCCGUGAUGGAAAUCCCAACCUUGAAACCUCUCAGCGAGGACCAGGCUCGCUUCUACUUCCAGGAUCUGAUCAAGGGCAUUGAAUACUUGCACUAUCAAAAGAUAAUCCACCGGGACAUUAAACCUUCCAAUCUCCUCGUCGGGGAAGACGGGCACAUCAAGAUCGCCGACUUCGGAGUGAGCAACGAGUUCAAGGGGGCCGAUGCCCUCUUAACCAACACGGUGGGCACCCCCGCCUUCAUGGCCCCGGAGACACUCUCGGAAACCAGGAAAAUCUUCUCCGGAAAGGCUUUGGAUGUCUGGGCCAUGGGGAUCACGCUGUACUGCUUUGUGUUUGGGCAGUGCCCUUUUAUGGACGAAAGGAUCCUGAGUUUACACAAUAAAAUCAAGACCCAAACGCUGGAGUUCCCAGACCAGCCAGAAGUUACAGACUUCUUGAAGGAUUUGAUUACACGGAUGUUGGAUAAAAAUCCCGAAACUAGGAUUUCAGUCCCAGAAAUCAAGGAAAGUACUGUGCAACAGCCUUUGGCAGGAGAUUUCUGGUCCUUCGCCCCUGCGGGAGCCUGGAAGGGGCGAGAAGCUGAGAAAAUGGAGACUAAGUUGCACCCUUGGGUCACCAAGAACGGAGCAGAGCUGCUGCCCACGGAGGAUGAGAACUGCACCCUCGUCGAGGUGACGGAGGAGGAGGUGGAGAAUUCGGUCAAGCACAUCCCCAGCCUGGCCACCGUGAUCUUGGUGAAAACGAUGAUCCGGAAGCGAUCCUUCGGGAACCCGUUUGAGGGGAGCCGCAGGGAGGAGCGGUCGCUGUCCGCCCCGGGGAACUUGCUGCCGAAACAAGGCAGUGAAGAUAAUCUGAAAUGCAAUGACUUGCCCAACGUGGGAGAGGAGGAGCUUCUUUCGUGAACAUCAGCUUCACGGUUCUGUUGAGCGACUUGGCCCGGGGCACGUUAUAAAGUGCACAGCUGAGGAUGUGCAGCAUGAACAGAGCCUACACCAAACACAGCAUGACACGACGCUAUUUCAGUAUAGUGCUGGAUGUAGAGCUUACAUAGCAGCAUGUUCUAAGACAUCCGACUACUUGUCAUAGACAUUGAACAUCUCCAGUCGCUGGGACUGCUGACUUCGCGUGGAAAGGUGCUGGCUGAUAGCGCAGAGGUGAGCUACCAUGCCGAGCAGCAACAGUGCUUUGCAAAAAAAAGGCAUUUGGAACUGCUUUUACCUGGUGUUAAUGCCAAAUAAUUUCCAGGGACUCACGCCAGCAUCCCAGGGUGUUGUACGUCUGUCGCAUAGUGGCACGCACAACAUAAAACUACACGUGAGCACUUGGAGAGUUCACGACCUGCCGGGAAUGUUGUUGCAUCUAUUCCUCGUCGUUCUGGUUUGUUUUUAAUUGACACCUUUUUAACUGCAUGGGAACAAAGCAAAAAUCCACCUUUUCAGCUUUUUAAAGAAUGCCUACCUUUGUGAGCUGACUGGUAGUAAACAGCAUCUUCAGGACGUUCAGAAAGUGAGGUUAAUUACCUCCUAAGGUAAUUAAUACCUUUCCUAAGGUCUUGAUGUGACUAGGACUUGGUAAGCUGAGUAUUCAGUGCAUGAAAGGAAAUGGAAUUUAAGGGCUUAAGUUCAGUUUGAACUAUUUUUGCUGCAGACGUAUGAGUGAAAGGUGGUGUUAGGCUGAAUGUUUGUUUUGAACAGCAGAGAAAGCACUAACAACAGUUUGUUUCUAAAUCUUUUACUUGAUCUAGGUAGAUAUAUUAUUAAAUAUAAAAUUCAGGGUAAAAUCCUUCACUUCCAUGUACAUUACAUGGUUUACUACAAUUAAAAAUAAUACAACUUAUGCUAUUUUUUAAGUAUAGACUUAGGGCUCGCUUAGAACUUGAGAUCUUAAUGAAAUACUUAGGUUAGCUAGUAAUUUUCAAAGAAACUUUUGUUUUCCAAACUCUUAAUCUGGAUUUUGGGGCCAAUGCUAUGUAUUUUUUGCCAGUUCGUUACCAGUAAUUUGUGAAUGCCUGUGGAUCAGAGGCUUGUUAGUAAAUUAAGUGUAUACCUAAUUCAUGGAUUGUUUCUUAUGAAGAGCUCUUUCACCGUCAGUCAGAUUACUGACUUAUUUUGUGGUGCUUGUAAAAAAAACAAUUAGUAAUCUAUCGUGUGGUGGGAGAGAUUCUGAUGUCCAGCCUCACUUUCCCAAGUUUUCCAUGCUCGGAAGAAGCUGGAGAAGGGCAGAGUGUGGGUGAGCUGGAGAACAGGCAGCGUUUGCUUGAGGAAAGGGGUCCUGGUGAGUGUUGUUUCGGGGAUGGCGCUGGGGUGAAGGUCUGAGCUGUCCUCAGUCUGCUGUGGUUGUGUGACCUCAACUGAGGCGUUUAACGUGAUUGUACCUGAGAUGGGGAGGAUUUCAAUGUCCCCAGCAUGUAAGGGAAUGCUAAGGUGUAAUUCUUUGCUUUGAGCAGGAAGACGCAGGAGUGACCCUGCAAUUUUGGUUAAUGCUUGCUGACCCUGGCCACGGGUGGCCUGCCUUUAGGUGACUGUCCCCUUGUCUUCCUCCACUUCGGUCACUGCAAGCAGCAGAGUGCUGAGCUCCUUGGCCCUGCUGCAGUCAGACCUGGCCUGGUAAUUCCUGGUUAGGACAGGUCUGCGUUAAAGCCAGUGUAGCGUUAGCAAGUGCGCAGGUGCCUACACAAACCGUCCCUUACAGCUUUUGAUCACUUGAAGCGAUGCUCCCCCUAAAGCGCAAUUUAUUAUGGAAAUGUUGCACUGCUGGCCUCUCUCCAAAGCCAGUGACGCUGGUUGGUGGUUUAGGAGCAGUAUUACGGAGUCUGGAGCCAUAAGACACGCACUGUUUCCCUCCCGUUUUAGUCCGAGGCGAUGCCAAAGCCCUGCAGCUUCAGUUACGGGAAAACCAAACAGGUCACUUGGGUGCCAGCACCACUGCAGCUGCCUGCGCCCCUUCCUAAACAGGACUUGGCACUGCGGAAAUGCGUGCGAGUGGGCAGCGCGGGUCUCUAACCUUGUCAAUGGACUCGUUCUGCCAAAAAUCCCAAAAAACCACAGGGGAUCUGAUUAUUUAUAGCUGGUGCAUAGUAAUGUGUGUGGUGCGUGCUGUUAGAGGUGAGUUGUAGAGAUGCUCUGUGCUGCGUAGCUCCGGUUUGUGACGUGCCAGGUGCCCAGCGAGAUGCUUUACAUUUACCAAACAGGCUUGCCAGGUGCAAGACAGCUUCUAAACAGAUGUUACCAGGGAUCAGUGUCUGACGGCUCGCAGGGACUGGGUUUGGUUCAUAAGCAUCCUAAAGCUCAGCACUUCCCUGAGGCAAUCCCUGAAAUGAUGUCUCUUAGUGCCGGCUGCAGCCAAAUGCACAUUUCUGAAAGAAACUCGCUGUAGACGUGUCUUGUUGAUUAGUUCUGUGGGAAGCAGAAAGCGUGGCUGUGUGAGGAAGAGUUAUCUAAAUGCAUGACCUGUUAGAGAAGCUGUACUGUAUAUAUAUAUAUAUAUAUAAAAAUAUAUAUAAAAAUCUGCUCAGUUCCCUCCCUGCCGUUCCUUAGUAGCGAAGCUCGCUGUUUUCUUAGAGUGAAGUAAACAUUUUGCUUGUGCCUUGGAACCGGGCUACAGCUCCAUUUCCCCAACUCCCUCCCUUUCAAGCAAGCCCGGUGCUGACUGCAGGCUGAGCGGCGGGUACGAAGCCUUUUUUUGGCUCUGAAAGCACACAGGGAAGCGCUAAGGGGAAACCAGCCUCUCGUCUCAGUAGUUUUUCUUGGUGGCCCCCUCCUACCUAUCAGCCAAGGGAUCUGUUUAUUUUCUAAGGUCCUGAACUGUUGCUGAUUUUUAUACUGUUUGUUUAAAUGACCAAGGCUUGUGUUUCAUUCCUACCCUGUUAUUAUGCAUUUAACUUUAUCAGGUGUAUCAAGUUUAAAUACUGUGUAUUUAGCACUUUUAAAUUAUAUUACAUAAGAAAAAAAACCCAACAACCAACCAAGUGUUUUUCCACACAACUGUUCAAGCUUCUCUGUACAAGUUGAAAUAAAUGACAUGCAACCAAA